CAUAAGUUCCUCAUAUACUUGAUUGAAGAACAACCCUAGCUAGAUUUUUCUGCUCUUACAUUCGAAUCAACAUGGCAGGUUUCCAGCAUUGUUUCCUGCUUUCCAUGGUGGUAGCGGCAUUGUGCUUGUCUAGCAUUGAUACGAGCUUCGCAGCUCGACACCUUCUGCAGGCUCCAGCAUUACCACAGCCUACAAUUCCGUCUCUUCCCAAGGUUACAAUGCCUCCACUGCCUUCCUUGCCAACAGGACUGCCUCAACCCACACUGCCAACAUUUCCAACCAACCCCAUCCCACCUCUGCCGAAAGCCACAUUGCCACCAUUGCCAAGCACCCAAAUCCCAUCUCUGCCAAACCCUACCUUGCCAACAAUUCCAAGCUCUGUUCCCAAGAUGACUCUUCCUCCACUUCCAGCCACUCCAUUGCCCACCAUCCCAACCAAGAUUCCUUCAUUCCCCACCAUUCCAACCACAAUUCCAACUGUUCCUUCUCCUCCCUCAAAUUAAGCAGAUAGCCUUGUUGCCGUAAAGUGUUGGGGAUCGAUCAACUGACAUUUACGUUUAUCUGUAUCCUAUUUAUUCAUCCUUACAAUGGUUCUGCAUCGAAGGAUUCAUAGAUUUUACUGGAAUCCUUGGAAUUCAUGGAACCUGCAGCGCGCAGUUCUAUAUUUGAGUGUUUUUUAGUUUUAUACAUGUUUGUUUUUUCUUGUUGAAUUAUUUCUUUUCAUGCAUCCUAGAUGCAUUAUGUUUUAUUAUUUGAUCAGUUUCUCAUAUAUAUGUAAUAUUGUGAUUGUAUACUUGUUUCUACUCUGUUAUUAUAUACAAUUUCUAUUGAUUCUAAUUAUGAGUGG